GCUUCCCUGCCCAGGCACCGGCGUGACCGCCCGCGGCGGCGCAUGCGCGAGGUGGCGGACAGGGGGCGCGGAGCUCCCCGCGGAGCAGCGCUGCCUGCCCGAGGGAGGGGCGUUCAUGCUAGGCAUACGUGCAUGCCAUCCGUGCCCCGGCUCCCGUAUGACGGGAGGCGCUCGCUGAGGCGGCAGAUAUCCCGGACCUCACGUUUUACCUGCGUGUUGGGGCGGGAGAAGCUCCCCGUGCUACCGGCCGGCCGUGCGGCGGGCGAGAGCGCCUGAGCGGGGAAGAUGUGCGCUCUGCGGGGACACGCACACCGGGAACCGACUCGCCCGCUUGUCCUGCGCCUACAUGGCGGGAGGCGAAGCGGUGAUCGAGUCGGCCGCCAGCGCGGUUACUUCGUGCGACCUGUCCCCUUGGCAAGAGCCGGUUUCCGCUGCAGUUUUAGCCCUGUCAGACGGGCUCCCACGACGAUUAGGUAGAGCCUCCUUAAAUCCGCCGGGGAAGCGGUCGCUAUCAGUUGCAAAUCCACAGCUGAGAGACUGUUAACGUACUUGAGACCACACGCUGUAGCUGAGCUCUCGGAGUGGUGCCCUCCCGCGUUCACUUGCCCUCGGAUCCCGCGCGGGGUUAGAACCGUUUCGAGUAUAUUACAAAUACCCCUGGCCGGCCGCCGGCGUUGCCGGCAAGUACCCGCGGGAGGCACGGUGGACCGCGCAAGAGGGCUGCACGGCACCGACAGCCUCCGCGUUCCAUUUCCACGGAGAAUAUCAGGAAAGCGCGUCUUGGAAACCGCGCUUUGGCCGUCAAUUAAAGUAGCGGUGCCGGUAAACCGCGGCGGGAUCCCGCAGCGAGGGCCGCCCCAUCUGCCUGAGCGGAGCCGCGCGCUGCGCCUACCUCAGGAGUAACGGCUGAGGCGCGCGGGGGCAGCCGUUGGGGGGCGGGGGGCGUCCCAACGGCUCCAGUCGGCGGGCGGGGUGUGUGAGAGAGAGAUAGGGGCGCCCGCUGCGCCUUAGAACGGUGAUUCCCGAAAAGAGCCGUCGGCCGGGACGGGGCGGUGCGAAGGCACCGUUGUAACACCGGUAACCACACUCCCCAGAUGCACGUCGAGCAAAUCCAGUCCCUAGUCAGGGGAAGCGCGCAGCGGGGUCGGAACUGUCUCCUUUGAAAAUAUCUUCAAAUAAUCCUGCGGAAAUAAUACUGAGGGUAACAAGCGUGAAACAGGGAAAAAGGGAGAACCGGGCGGUGGCAGGGCAUGACCGACCCUGCUCCCCGAAAUGUGCGGGAGGGCGCGUUGUCACAUUCCCCACAUUUUAUGACGUGUCGCACAACGGAACGAGGGCGAAGCUCAGCGCCGGGGGAGGGUCGCGGGGACGGAACCGCCGCGCCCGCGGGCACUGAUAGCGGCCUCGCUCCCGGUGGGUGCCCGGUUUUCCCCCUCGUCGGCGCCCCAGGGGGCGAGGAGCGAUCGGAAGCGGCCUCCCCGGGCAGGGGCGAUCCGCGCCCUCGAGCCGGGCGCUUCGCGGCGACGGAAAGUGAAGGCGGGUUUGGCGCCCAAACUGUAGCAGGGGCGAGUAAAGGUGGAGACGAGCCCGGGAAGUUGCCGGAGCAGGAAGAAGAGGAGGAAUCCCAGGUUUUGCACGGAACCGGCCAUUGCAAAUGGUUCAAUGUGAGAAUGGGAUUUGGGUUCAUCUCCAUGAGCAACCGAGAGGGAAGCCCCUUGGAGUCUCCAGUUGAUGUCUUUGUACACCAAAGCAAGCUUUACAUGGAAGGAUUUAGAAGCCUAAAAGAAGGAGAACCAGUGGAAUUUACUUUUAAGAAAUCUUCCAAAGGCCUUGAAUCAAUACGGGUAACAGGCCCUGGUGGGAGCCCCUGUUUAGGAAGUGAAAGACGACCCAAAGGGAAGACAGUACAAAAAAGAAAACCAAAGGGAGAUAGAUGCUACAACUGUGGUGGUCUUGACCACCACGCUAAAGAAUGUAGUCUACCUCCGCAGCCAAAGAAGUGCCAUUACUGUCAGAGCAUCAUGCACAUGGUGGCUAACUGCCCCCAUAAAACUGUCUCGCAGCAGCCCACUAGUUCUCAGGGAAGACAUGAAGCUGAACCGCAGCCUUCCACUUCUGCUUUCCUGAGAGAAGGGGGAGGAAUGCACGGCUACUCGUCUCCGUUGUACUCUCAGGAGGGCAGGUCAGAAAACUCGGAGCGCUCGGGCAGGUCACCACAGGAAGCUUCAUCGAGUAAGUUGUCUGCAUCACCCGAAGAACCGAGCAGAAAGGGGCCUUCUGUUCAGAAAAGGAAAAAAACUUAACACAUUUGUCAUAACUUUCCAUUUUCUUUAUCCUCUUGGGAUGUCUACCUCAUGCAAGUACAGGGGAAAUAAUUUCAUUACCAGUAGCUGACCUGGAAUUUUAACUACUGUUGAGGAACUGUGAAUUUUUUUUUCUUUAAUAGACAAAUCACUCCAAGCAAAAUACAUUUGAGCAGGGUGCAUUACGUUUUACCUUCUGUGUGUGUGUGAGUGUGCACGUGCGUGUGUAUGUGUACCUAUCUAUAAAUAUAUUUUUUUUUCCAUCAGACCACUCUCCAGCUCCCACAGACAUCACUGUGAAGCAAUAGGCACAGUAUCCACAAACAUUCCUGAACUCAGUCCUAGAACCUGUUUCCAAAUGUGUUCAAAACCAAACAAGAAUACCCCAGAAAUCUCACUCAGAAGAAACCCAAACCUGAUAAGCCACACCCAGAACUGAGAUCAAGACUGUUACUUCUCUUGUGAUCCAAAGGUUACUUUCAUAUUUUAAAGCUGCCAUAUGGUACUACAGAUACUAAGACAUCCCCCAUACCAUCAAUUUAGGUUUUUUUCUGAUCUCCACAAAGCAUCAGAACCCCUCCCUUCCCUGUUCCCAUGCAGGGCAGUGUCAUGAUUCAGCAUGGCUCUCAUUGCCACCAUCCUUUGUGGAUGAGGAGUUUAAAGCUCCAGAAAAGACAAUGAAUGUGUAGUUUCUGUGCUGGUUUCUCAAAAAUUUUUGCUAAAUUAAUAUGGUUGUAACUGUAAUUUAGAUGACUGUUGUGUAAGGGAGAAUGUACAACUUGUUACCAAACUGACCCUAUUGAGUAAUACCAGGAUACCAUCCUGUUUAACCCUUUGUAUUCUGUGAACAUUUAGGGGACCUUGGUGGCAGUAGUAGCAGCAGCAGCAGCAACUUCUCUUGGUUGCAAGUAGUGCCCCCCAAUUUGAAGUGACUUCCCCUUGUUUUCUGUUGAAAUGCCAUGGAAAGAACUUCCUAGGGAUUUUUGUUGUUAUAUGUUCUGGUUUUAAAGAAACUGAAAUGCAAAGCUAAUGCGAUCUUGGGAUAGAUAGUUUCUUAAGGAUAAAGGUAGGUGGGUGCUUGGGGUUGCUCAGCCAGCCUCACUUGCUGAUGAUACAGCAUGAGUACAGUCAAGAGGAACAGGUGUCUGCUGCAGACAAGCCUGAGUGAAGAGAGCUGCAAAUUUGCCAGAAGCCCUGGGCAUCACCUGCUUCUUGUGAACUGGGGGCUGUUGCUGACCAGCCUUGGUCCAGAGUGCGCUGGGACCACACACUUCUGCAUUAAAAAGGAGAAAGACUGGUGGCCUCAGAGUGAGACUCCCUGGGCUGCAGCCCUUGCUCGGGGUUAAUAGAGUUGGAGCCUAUCAAAACUUCAAGUCGCUUUCCAUUUGUAACUUCUGAAUUACCAAGUCAUACGUAAGAUAACGUACUUUGACAAAUCCCAUUGUGGAUGUAAGUUAAUUAGAGAAACCUGUAUAAUCCUUAACAUUGGCAAUAAACACAGGCUGUUAAAGCUUGGAAGUGCCGGGUAGGUUUAAGCUUGGAUAAUCAAACUAAAGAAACGGCCUGCAUGAAAGGCUACAGCGAGCCAAAGUCCUACCCGUGGUAACUCUUGCAGCCACUAGUUACAACAGGUAUGUGACUGGCUCAUUACAUGGCCUUCCCCUUCCCACUUGUCCUGCCAGAUGAGACUUUUACUGUUGCUGCUGCUGCUGCAGUAAACAGAUAGUAAUCAAACGCCUCAGCGAAGGGCACAAUUUGAAGAGAAUUAUUUUGUGUGAAUUCCCAUGCCAGUGUUUGCGAGAAUCUUGAUGGUUUAUACUGAAGUUCUCAGUAUGCUAAUGCAAAGCUUACCUUUGACGAUAUUGAAUGUGAUGUAUCUAUAGAAAAGAACUUCCUUGCCUUAUGUAAGGAUAGUAAACUUAUUUAAAUUAUGUAGACAAAUCAAAGUGGCAUUGCUUAACCUUCUAGCCGGUGUAAAAACCAGGUUAAACAGCAAAGAUGCAAAACUUAGGUCACUUUGAAAAUGGAAACCAAAGUUCCUUAUAAAAAUGGGCAGUUGUGGAUUUGAAAACUGGUCAUUCCCUGUUUAUACAUAAGAAGUUCAGAGCUGAGAAAAGGAAGUAUUUUCAACAUGCAGAUUUUUAUUGGUGCUGUUAGAAAUCACUGUGCACCAAAGGCAGAUUGAGCUGCUAAGAGCACAUACCAAACCCUAUCUUAUUGUUGAAAGCUUAAGGUUUUAUUUUUAUAUAUUAGAAUGUUAUCACUAUUACAUAACAUACUCAGGACAAAGAACUUUGCUCAGGGAAUAUACCAUGGAAUGUUUUUUUUUUCUUUACAGAAUAGUCUGCAGACCUGCUUACUCAGAACAAACCAAAUAGUCUUAGACCUUUUUAUCUCUUUAUAAGUAUUAUGUACUGAUAUUAGUAACUACCUCUGAGUUGACAUAGAUCUACAUUUCUGAUAAUCAGAUCUCAGCAUUUUGUAUUAUUAAGUUCCUGUGAAAUGAUAAAGUGGUAUUCUGUACUGGUUACUUGUGUGAACAUUUGUGUCUUUACAUUCACAGGGUCUGAGUUUUCAGAGACGCUGGGCAACCACAGAUCCCACUGACUUCCAGUCAGAGUUACUGGUGCUCAGCUCUUCUAGGAGGGGAGGGAUGAGGGACUGGGGGUGGAGGGGGAGGAAUAAAACCACAAAAGCAUCAAGCCCACUUUGUUUACAUAGGUGACAAUAAAAUUAUUAUUCUGUUUACAGCAAAAGGCUACCUCAUAUUUACUGCAUAAACACACCUUUGUGCUGCUUUAGCCUUAAAGGUGGCUGUUGAUCUAUGGUACAUACUUUUUAUCUGUACUAAAUAUGUAACUGAUAGUUCACCACUGCAUACAUUAUGGCAAAUACUUGUUUAAGAUGAAGCAUCCAUUUGAAAUUACGAGACGUUUCCAAACAUUUCUUUGAAAACUUUUAUUUUUCUGUCUAAAGGAUUAUGGGCACUGUUCAUGAAAACAAAUACAUCUGCAGAAAAGACAAAAAUGUAUAUGCCUAAGUCAAACAUAUAGCAGCAGGUAACUACUGGGCACUGGGCUGCAGUAGGAAAAAAAAACCCAACAACUAUCUAAUUAUACUCCUUCAGCUCCAGAUAAGAAAAGAAGCCUUUAAAGCAGGAAGCACAGACUCAGCUUCAGAUUCUUCCUUUAUGUCUCAGGACAAAGUGAAUAUUCUGCAUCAUUGGCUCAGCCUAUUCACCAUCCUGUCCUUGCCAGAAUGCUUCACAAUAAAACUCAUCUGAGUAGAAAUAGUUCAGAUAUCUGCUCAGAGAGAUGUAUUUUUCUCCUAAUAACAGUGGAGAUAGUCUGGAACAAAAAUGUCCCUCCCAUUCCUCCAUCCCAAAAUAUUCAAUUUGAUUUAAUCAUAAGGGACAUGGUAUUUUUUACUCUCCCCCAAGGAGAGGUCAUUGUAUUUAUUUACAUGCUACAAAAGUUAGGUCAUGAGGAAGACUUGUAUUUGGAGGAGGAGGAGCCAAAUAGCUUUUCACUGCAGUUGGUGGUAAAUCUGGCAUUGCAAUACCAUUUGCAACAUUUUGCUUUUAGCCAGCUUUCAGGGCGUGCCAAACACCACUUUUGGAUCCUACCUCUUGCCUUUGCAGGCCACCUUUUUCAGCCCAGUUCUGUUCUGCACCAGUGUUAUCCUGGAGUUCCUGCUUAGUCAUAGUUUUGUGAAUAGAGCCCCAUUAAAAGUGUUUAUAAAUCUUGUAACAUUCUUUGUAAGAAGAAUUAUAAAAGAACAUGGGAAAUCUCAAAUUUAAUUUAAUUAAUUUAUCUGUAAGAAAUGUUUAUCAUAAAAAAUAUAUAUGUAUUCCCCUGUGCUAGAUAUAAAAGUAAUUGGGAAGAUAUGUACAUGUGCAGAUGCACUGAUUUUAAUUUUUUAGAAGUCUUAAUGAGAUUUGAGUAUUGUUUUAGAAACAAGCAGAGCCUUGUUAAAUGCAUUGAUCUUAUUUUGCUUAGUGUAUCAACAGCCUCUUCUUUAAGAUCUGUUGGUUGUGUUACCCCCGUUACAACUGUUGACUGAUAACAAGAGGUUGAUCUAUGAACAUGUUUCUGUUUUUUAUAUAAACUGGAGCUGUAUAUUAGCAGCUUCAGCAGUGCUUUUAUGAGAAUGUUGAGAAGUACCAAGGUAUUUGCUACCAUUGUUGUGGAACCAAAUGUAAAAGCAGCCAUCUUUACAAAGGAUAAUGGUUUUGACUACCUCUUGGAUUACUAAGUUAAGCAAAAACUGGCUGACAAACAUCACCAGACUGGCUUAAACUAGUAUGUGUUGCUUGUGGUAAUAAUAACAAUAACCAUACUAGAGACCAAAGUGAACACUGAUUUCUAUAUGUCUUCAAUACUGUGUCUUAUCUAGUGUUUUUAAAUUAUCUUCUGUAGUAUAGAUUACCUCAUUGUCCAUUUUGACUUGUAUGUUGUUUACAAGGUGAAAUAAAAGAAAAAUCACUUGAAUUUUAUGUUUUAAGAAAAAGACAGUGAGUUGCAGUUUUGAAGGUCAUUUCACCUGUUUACUGUCUUGAGGGACUAAAGCACUGAUUGCCUUUCUACAUAUCAUGUAUUUUAUAUUCUCAUUUCAUGCCUAAUGUCUUUUUUUCCUGUCAGUCAUGGAUAUUGUGAGGUUUAAAAGAAUUACUUGAUUAAAAAUAAAACAUAUAACGUUGGCAUUUA